AUGUUCCUGAUAGCCAAGAUAGUGCGAGGUCGUCGCCUCCUUCACGAACUUGAACAAGCCGAGAAAGAAAAGGAAAAAGAAAGAGAAAGAGACCGACUAGAAGCCCAGAGAAAGUCGAUUCGAGAAGAUUCGACAGCAUCGACCGGUAGCAGCUCAAACUCAAAAAACGAAAAGAUUACCGGAUUCACACAUCACAGAAGGACUGGCACAAGCAAAGAGGAUUCAGAUGCCAAAAAGAAAAGUGUCAUGUUGGUGGAGAACAACGAGAACAAGGCGUCGACCAGUGGGGUAAGUGUUGGUGUAUUAGGUAUAGGUUUUAGAAUUUUACUAUCGUUACUGACAAGUUCGUAUUUUACAUUAUUUAUAAAUAUUUUUUGAUGAUUAAGUAGUCAAAAGACUAAUUUUUAAAAUUUAUUUCAAAAUUUCAGGAAAACGACAAAGAACCAAAACUGCGGAGGCGAAAGUAAGUCAAAGAGCAGUCUCUGAUAGUGCAUUGCACUAAACUACCUUUUGAAAAUCGCUAGAUAAGUAAAUAACUUACCGUUUUGACAGUAUAGUUUUAAAAACUUGAAACACGCCCAAAAAUUGACCAAUUUAACUGAUACGACAAUAAUAUGAUUGAAGCCCUGGUUUUUUUGUUUUUAAUACCUAUUGUACUAUCCCAAAACCUAAUAUUGUCUUAGUGGUAGGUAAAUGUAUUAGGUUGUUCAACUAAUUCUGUGCCUUAUUUCAAAGAUAAUUUUGCGGAGGGGAGGGGGGCAGAAUAAUUUGAACGAUCCGAUCUGGGGAAAAGAAUGUUUUUGUAGAUAUGAAUUUGUUCAAAUCUAAUAACUCUGUGACUUCUAACUCAAACAUUUGCUUUGAAGAAGGGACACAGAAUUAUUUGAACAACCAAGUGUUAGAGGCGGAUUAGUUUUCUAAAUGUGCUUCUAUAAAUGUUUAAACAUUCAAAUUGGUUUUAAAUUAUGGGAUGGAGAAACGGCUGUUUUAUUUUAUUUUGGCUAUGACGCUACUGCAUUUUUAAUAUAAUAUAGAUACAUUUAAAACCAAAAGUACUGUACAAUUGCAUAAAAAUUACAAAAAAAUUAAAAUAAAUUGGCUACCAUUCAUUGUUUUUACUUUGUUGCUUUCUCAGUUUGCACUCACUUACCUUACUGUACCUGUUAAAUUACUUUACCUCACAUUUUUACCGCUUUUUUCACUAUGUAUUGUUACCUGUAGUAGUCUUUGAAAAUGCUGUGGUGUUACCAUAAGUUAGUCGCUUGAUUUCACUGCUUUUUUAACAGAACCUGGGCAAGUGCAGAUGCUCAACGUGCUGUGCAAAGCCUUCGCAACUCGAGAAAGGAGCAGAAUUGGAAAAGAAGGAACAGUAUUGCACGAGCUAGCCAUUCAAUGAUGCUGGACACGGUGCUGCGGAAGGCUGGAUCUGCCGAUCUGUGAGUGUGCUGUGAUAUAUUUUUAGUUUAUAACGUUUUGAGUACUUAUGAGCUUGAAAAGAUAUAGGAAGGUAGUAAGGGUAGGGCGCUUAUAUAAAUGGCAGUUUUAAAACUUUUGCAUACUCUAAAAUUCUUUUUAGUACUGGGGGUACAUAUAGAAAAUACUAAAGUAAUUUGCAAAAAAUAAAAGAAAAGAUGUUAAAUAGUAUGUUAUGAAAUAGAGUUUACUAUAAUGGCUUAGUAUCAGAGAGUGAACUGUGUUUGCUUUGUGUAUGUCUGUGUAAUAUAGUGCAUGUUAUGGUAUUGUCUUUGUACUUCAAUAUUUUUUGGGUCGGUGUUAUGGAACAAUGUAUGCUGUGUUGUUAUUCUUCUGUAGUACGUAACAAGGCGUCGCUAUUGUUUUUAUUUUCUAAACCGGAGGGGAAAACUUCAAAAUUUUUUAAGAAAAGAAUGACUAUUUUGCUUCCUUCUACCCUACCACCCCUUACAAGCGAUGCCUAAACUACGUACACAAUGAUGUUUGUUAUAACCGUAGACUGAUGUUGUUGUGUCUACAACAUCUUAAUCAAACAUUGCACUUGUGCUAAUCCGUUUUCUAAUUAGUUUCACCUUUGUUUUCGCAGAUGGUAUCAGCACUCGUUCACACAUCUUGCACAUCAGAAGGCGCCACAUCGGCGUAUGAUUCACUCGUUCCCCGCCAGUGUGUCUACGGUAUCGCUACGCAAAGGCGUUUCCUUGGACGACGACUUCUACAACAGGACGGUGAAGGCGAACGGUGCAAAGAGGGGGUCGUACGAUACUAGAAUCAAGACUUCUGAAGGGUACGGUAGAGAAGUGGCUUACGGUAUUAGUAAGGGUGGAACUUACAGUAGUACUAAAGGAGGAGAGUACGGUACUACAAAAAGUUCCUUGUACGAUACUACUAAAAGGACAUCAUACUGUGCCACGAAGGCUCUACCAUACUGUACCAACACAGUAUCAUACACAAAACGUAAAUCCUACGAUACUUCAAAGUCAUUGUACGAUACCAAGCCUUCUCUCUACAGUAAUCCCAAACAUUCAUCUACCGAGAUGUUACCUAUGCUACAAAGAGCACGUCAACAGUCGAGUAGAUGGUCGUUGUCAAUGGAAGAAGCGUGGAUUAAACUCAGUAGACGCCUGACUUCACCGUGCACACUACCGUUAGCUAUGGAUCUGUCCAGCGUUUGUAUUAGUCGAUCGUUCAAGAAAAAUAAGCCUAAGAAGCGAGUGCGACGAGAGUAUUAUUUGAAGAAUGUCAUGUAUAACUCGUAA